UCCGCAGUGUGACCGACGCACAACUUGUGACCAGUUUGCUAAUGAACUUGAAUGUUAUGCAGAAACGAAGACUUUCUCGCUGAAAGUCGAGGUUUCUCCGGGUGUCUGCUCCAAACGUGGUUCCCUGACUUGACGCUGUGACGCGCAUGCUAGCUAGUUAGCUUCCAGACCGGCUAACAGUCCGGGAGUCUGCGCCCCGACAGAGUCUCGAGGAUGUCGAUCCAGUACGACGAGUCCGUCCUGGCCGGAAGUUACGACGCCACCUCGUUCCCCAAAAGUUUUGGCUACGGAGUGGACGAAGAGGAGGACCUGGAGGAGAGCGCUGCUGCUCAUGACAAGCCCAGGAUCCUCCUGAUGGGACUGAGACGCAGCGGCAAGUCCUCCAUCCAGAAGGUGGUGUUCCACAAGAUGUCCCCCAACGAGACCCUGUUCCUGGAGAGCACCAACAAAAUCCACAAGGACGACAUCUCCAGCAGCUCCUUCGUCAACUUCCACAUCUGGGACUUCCCCGGCCAAGUGGACUUCUUCGACUCCACGUUCGACUGUGAGAUGAUCUUCUCCGGAGCCGGGGCCCUCAUCUUCGUCAUCGAUGCUCAGGACGACUAUGUGGAAGCCCUGGGAAGACUCCACCUGACAGUGACCAGAGCCUACAAAGUCAACCCAAACAUCAACUUCGAGGUCUUCAUUCACAAAGUGGACGGCUUGUCAGAUGACCACAAAAUAGAAACCCAGAGAGACAUCAACCAGCGAGCCAAUGACGACCUGGCGUACGUCAGCCUGGAGCGAGUUCAUCUGAGCUUCUACCUGACCAGCAUCUACGAUCACUCCAUCUUCGAAGCCUUCAGCAAAGUGGUGCAGAAGCUCAUCCCCCAGCUGCCAACGCUGGAGAACCUGCUCAACAUCUUCAUAUCGCAUUCUGCCAUCGAGAAGGCCUUUCUGUUCGACGUGGUCAGCAAGAUCUACAUUGCCACCGACAGCUCUCCGGUGGACAUGCAGACCUACGAGCUCUGCUGCGACAUGAUCGACGUCGUCAUCGAUGUGGCCUGUAUUUAUGGACACCCGGAGGAGAGCCCGACAGGCGGCGGCUGCAGAGGUUCCAGCUACGACAAAGAAUCUCUGGCCAUCAUCAAACUCAACAACGCCACAGUGCUGUACAUGAAAGAAGUCACCAAGUUCCUGUCAGUGGUGUGCAUCCUGCGGGAGGAGAGCUUUGAGAAGAAAGGUUUGAUCGACUACAACUUCCACUGCUUCCGAAAUGCGGUCCAGGAAGUGUUUGAGGUGUCACAAGACCUUUUGCACAAGUCGGCGAAGUAUGCGGCUCUGAACGGACGGGCUGUCUGACUGUGGGGGGGGCCAGCAAAAGCACAGGGGCACUUUCCUGUAACACGCCGUUGCAGCGCAGCUUGGGACUCAGGCGCCGUCUGUGGGUGAUCUGCAGUGUAGCUCCUCACACUUCUCUGUGCACAAAAACGGCUGGGUUUCGUUGCUGACUGCGAGUUGUGUUUACAAACUUGGCCAGUGUUUUCUGUGAGUGAUCCUGUGAAGAGCAGAACUGUGCCAGUACAAUCUUCAAGCCUUAGUGAUUCACGAUGCAAUUCCUGUUUGUAAUGGAUGAAAUAAAA